AUGGCCAAGACGGAGUGUCGAUGUCAAACUACCUAUUCAGCACAGCCCCCCCAUCUCUGUACAGCCCUAUCCACUUUUGCAGAUCUCAGUUACGCCACCUUCUUUUAUUAUUUAGUCAAAACUUCUACUUUCCAGAUUCCUCAUCUCAAGAAUACUUUCCCUCUACUGAAGAGCACUUUCUUUAAUUACAUAGAAACCCUCACUAUGGGAAAAGAGAACUUCAUCCGCCAAAUCGAAAAUUCCGUUGAGUUCAAAUCCCUCAACAAAGUAGUCAAGGAAGAAGUCACAACGCAAGAUGCAGUCCAAGACCUCAUCGACAUGACCAUGAGUGCGUUGUCCAUUCAUGGUCCAAACAAACACGGCGGGAUCGGUCUCCCAGACUACAACGUCUCUCUUGCGGUAAUGGAGCUCGCUCAACGCCUGGAGCCAUUUCAACACACCAAGCUUGUUGAGUUCAUAUCUCGUCUCCAGAGGCAAGUUGCCGUUGAUCCGUCUACGAAUGAACCUCUGAGGGUCCAGGGCGAUACCCUCUGGACAGACAUGCCAUCUUUCGGUUACACGGAGCUUGAGACGUGGUACGAGUUUGGUGGCGAUUACAAAGACCCAUCUGAUGCAACGCUCGAUCCCAAGCAACGAGAUUGCUGGGUGAACCUCAACGCUUUUCUCGCGCAGCUCACUCAGGCUGCAGACAUUCACUAUACACCUUCCAAGGAAGAGGUGGGAUUGCAUCCCCUGGACAAAUCACUACGAGCCAUCUGGACCAUUGCGAUGGCACUUGAGGGCGAGUGCCUUCCUACGUCACUGGAAGAUACGGCUGCGAUGGAGGCCGCUUGCCAAUGGUUCAUUUACGCUGCGGAGCGAUUGUGGGCAAAUGUGCUUAACAGUCGCACGUACCCUGAGGCAGCUGGUGCUGGACCGGGGAAGAGGUAUGAGGGAAAGGGCUGGACGGGCUAUACGCGAGAACGAUGGGGAAUCUGGGAGGAUGCGCUGAAGGAGGCUAGAGCCAAAUGUCAAGAUGAGCGGAUGUGGAAGCUGAUUGAUGAUACUUUGGCUAGUUUGAGAAGGGGAAUGGCGAAUCAAUAG